AUGGACGUGGACAGUGAGGUGGAGCCACUGCUGCGGGAGAUGUCGAGGCGGCUGGCCGUCGUGCGCGCCGAUCUCCUGCCAGCACUGCGGCGUCUGGACGAAGACACACUUCUUUCGCACUACUCUGUCGAUGAGCAGGCGCGCCUGUACCUCUCUGCUGCCUUUGCGUUGACGCUGUCCCUCUACUCGCUGGACAAGAUCACCCAUCGACAGGUGGCAUCCGGGGGCGGCGCGGCGGCAUCCGUCAUGGCAGCCUCGCCAUCAGUAUCGUCGGCUUCCACAGACACGCAGCUGGCGCUGAAGAUCGAGCGUAUUACGGAGUACAUCAAGAAGUUGCAGGAGCUCGUAACACUGGAAAGGCAGAGGAGGCGUGCCGCCACUGCCGCGGCUUCUGCGGCCGAUGCGUCGACUGGCGUUGUCGCUGCCACUGCUCCCGGUGCGAAGCGUUCACGUCAGAGCGCUUCGGCCGACACUGCCUCCAUCGCCGCCACCGCUGCUGAGCAGCCUGCGAAGAAGGCAAGGAGUGAGAACGGCGCGAGCGUCGCGACGGCACCGGCGCGCGACGAGGAGGAUGCCUUUGGCGAUGCGCAGAUGUUCAGCGUCGUGUCGCGGGUUGCGGGCGAGACAGGAACGCUGGUGAGCCGCUUGGUGAAGCAGGCCAAGUCAUCCUCCUCCGCGUUAGCAGCAAGCAAGGCCGAGUAG